AUGUUGCAAAGAGCACUUCCAUGUGGAGCUAACGACCUGCAGACUAAAGCUGAUCGAUUGGUACAGAUGAGUAUUUGUUCGUCCUUGCUUCUGAAGUUUCCUAAGAUGACAAUCAUAGGUGAAGAGGAUCUUCCCUGUGAAGAAGUCAGUGAAGACUUACUUGACAAAAGCCAAUGUGAGGAGAUACUGAAGCAAACCUGUCCACCACAGUAUACAGCUAUCAAAGAGGAAGAGCUUGUUGUGUGGGUCGAUCCUCUGGACGGAACAAAAGAAUAUACCGAAGGUUUGUUCUUUUAUAUUGAUCGCUAG